AUGAUAUAAAAGUUUGCAUAAUUAGCAUAACUAAAAUCUAUUCAAAGAUUCUCUAGCAUAUUUGUUGCUCAUAGAAAUAGAGAUGACAAUAGUGAUUCAGUACCAUUUGAUUUCACAGAUGAAAACUACAAAAAAAUCGAAGCCAUUUUAACAAAAUUCCCAUCGAAUGAGAAAAAAUCAGGCACCAUACCUCUACUUAUGCUUGCAUAAAAAUAAAAUAAUAACUUUUUGAGUUUAUCUGCAAUGAAGAAGAUUGCUAAAAUUUUAGAAAUCCCUGAAAUGGAUGUCUUUGAAACAGCAUCAUUUUAUUCUAUGUUUAAUAGAGAGAGAGUCGGAAAGUUUCAUCUUUAAGUCUGUGGUACUACUCCAUGCUAAUUAUGCGGAUCUAAGGAUAUAAUUAAAACAAUUGAAUAAAAAUUGAAUAUUAAAAAUGGAGAGACAACUGCUGAUGGUUUGUAUACACUAUAGGAAGUUGAAUGCUUAGGAGCAUGUGCCAAUGCACCAAUGAUGCAAGUUAAUAAUGAAUGGGUAUAUGAAGAUUUAACACCUGAAAAUACUUUAAAGCUAUUAGAAGAUCUUAAGAAUGGAACAGAUAAAAAAGGACCUUAAAAUGGUAGAAAGAAUGCUGAAGGUCCUUAAGGAAGAACAACUUUACAAAAUAUAGCAACCCAAUAGGAUAUAAAAUAUGAAAGAAAUUUUGAAGCAGCAAAAAAAGAAUGGUUAGAUCAAAAAGAGAAAGAAAGACUUGAGGCUGAGAAAAAGAAGUAAGCAGCUUAAUAAGCAAAAAAAUGAUGUUUAUUUAUAAUAAACAAAAGAGAAGAACAAUAAUGUUAUUUUUAAA